AUGAAGAAAGGUUUGAUCCUCCAGAUUCUUCCAGGUCGGGGUGGCUUGGCGACUGAGGUGCCAGGUUCGGGAGAAAAACCUUCCCCCAUGUGGACCUCGAGUUCGAUGUGGAUGGCAGUGUCACAAAGCUCCAAACGUGUACUCCCUUCGGCGGCAAGUCAAGCACUGGUAGUGGAAACAAUCUGUGAAGACACUGAGCUGACAAAGGGCAUAAGUGUAGUUGGUGGCGUCGUAAUGCAAUUAAAAGCAGAGAGAUGCGUGCCGAAAUUGACUCAGUUUAGCGGAAGCAGGGGCUGGUAUCAGUAUGCUCAUCAGAACUUAAACUGCUAUAACUUCGUUGCGAACGACCGACACACAGGAUGGCAGCAAACCAAGUAG